AUGCUCUCGACUGACUGUGACGGAAGCUGCUCCUCGGCUCCGGCGUUACUGCCCUCUGAUCGGCCGCCGGACCAACCCGAUCCCUCAUUUUCUUCUGCUCCAUUUAGUUUAACCAUCCCGAUGGCUCCUGCCAUCCCCUCCUCUGAGAUGGUAAUUGACUCUUCCCCUUUGCCUGUGUCUUUGUCUCAACAGGGGAUGCAGUCCAAGGAAGUAGGAGAGCGAAAGGGUCAGUCCGAAGAAGUGGUAUCUGCCACGAAUCCAGGCUCGUAUGCUAGAGCGCUGACGGGACCGGCCUCUAGAGCCCCAUCUCCGAACCAGUUAAUCCAAUGGACUCCGGUAGGUGAACAUGACUUGGUGACAGAGGAACACAAUGGAGAACCGGCGCUGAGAGUGUCACCUCAAUUCAAGGCCAAGAUCUGUGCACCAUGGCAAAAAACCUUGGUUGUUCGUCUGCUCGGGUUAAGAAUUGGCUUUGUCACCAUGUGCAAUCGGCUGAAAGGGCUGUGGCGUCCGUGCGGUGCUAUGGAGGUCAAAGACCUUGAUCAUGAUUGUUUCUUAGUGAAGCUUGAUAACGAACAAGAUUAUUUUCGCGCUCUGACAGACGGACCCUGGGUUAUUCAUGACCACUACCUGGUGGUUCAGCAGUGGACUCCCAAGUUCAAAGCUUCGGACCCUCUUCCCAAGACGAUGAUCGUCUGGGUGCAACUCCCAGCUCUAAAAAUACACUUCUACCACAAAGAAGUGUUGAACACCCUUGGGAAUCUCAUAGGAAGAACAAUCAAAUUGGACUAUCACACCCUGACCCAACAGCGGGCGAAAUUUGCUCGUUUGGCUGUCGAAGUGGAUCUGUCAAGGCAUCUUGUUCCCAGGAUUUGGCUAGAUGAUGAAUGGCAGAAGGUGGAAUACGAGAAUCUUCCUGAGAUCUGCUUCAAGUGUGGUAAGAUCGGUCACUCUGCAGCAGGCUGCCCGCUGAACAAUCUGCCGACUCUAACUGUUCCAGCGGCGGUCACCGGGAAUCUACCGCCGGAGUCUCUGUCGGCGGAGCCGAUCGAUGCCAACCCAGGCUUUGGUCCUUGGAUGAUGGUCACGCGGAAGAGUCGGCGCAAUCCUAGGGAGGCUCCACGAAAAGGAAAGUCGGUGAAUGAAACGAGCAAUCAGAUCUCCGGAUCGACAAACAAAUCGGGGAAAGGUGGGGCGAUCAUUAAGGAAUCUCUACAGGCUGGACCAUCCAUGGCGAGCCCCAACGCCCCUCUGCAGCAACGGGUCUCUAAUCAGGAAAGGAAAGGGAAGACGGGCGGCGAGGCAAGCAAAAAAGGAAAAGAAAAAGUGGCGGUUGUGAACGAGGUGCAAGGGAAUGGGCUUCUGGGGCCAGGGCCAGGUCACCUGAAUCCAAACAAUAAGGGCCCGAUCAGGCCCAAAAGCUCCAACGUAGCCUCAUCCUCCAACAACGUAGCAUCCGAACAGGCCAACUCGGAAAAGGCCUUGGAGUCUCCCUCUGUUUCAGUUACUAUGGCGGCCCAAGAUGAUUUUGGAACAUCAGCGAGCUCCCCAGCAUGA